GGAACUUCUAUGCAACAUGAAUAGAUAAAGUCAUAAUAAGCGCUUAGACAUGAGGAGACGGGAGAGCGACUCGGGUGACCGGAGCCCAUUGCUGGCAGAAAAUGGGGAGCCAAAGUAUAACAUCCAGAGGUCUCCUCCAGCAAAAGUGCCUGCUUGCUGUUCCGCUCGAUACAACCUGGCAUUGAUGGCAUUACUCGGCUUCUUUAUGCUGUACGCAUUACGGGUUAAUCUGAGUGUAGCAUUAGUGGACAUGGUACAGUCAAGCUCAGCUCCUAGAGAAAACACAACUGCUAACGUAUGUCCUGACCAUACAACUGCUCCAACAAUUCUCCAUAAUUCUACGGGUAGAAAAUAUGACUGGGAUGCAGAUACCCAAGGCUGGAUUCUUGGCUCUUUUUUCUAUGGAUAUAUUCUCACUCAGAUACCUGGUGGAUAUGUAGCUGGUAAAAUUGGCGGUAAACUGUUAUUAGGAUUUGGAAUUUUGGGCACUGCUGUAUUCACUUUACUGACUCCCCUGGCUGCUGAUUUGGGGGCUGGGUGGCUUAUUGCAGUUCGGGCUCUUGAAGGACUUGGAGAGGGUGUGACCUUCCCAGCUAUGCAUGCAAUGUGGGCUCGUUGGGCUCCACCCUUGGAACGUAGCAGGUUGUUAAGUCUUUCAUAUGCAGGUGCUCAACUUGGAACAGUUGUAUCGCUCCCAGUGUCCGGUUUGAUUUGCUAUUACGUGAACUGGAUUUAUGUGUUCUACAUAUUCGGUACUCUUGGGGUUUUGUGGUUUAUAAUGUGGUGUUUUCUUGUGAGUGACACCCCCAUUUCUCACAAAAGUAUUAGUGAUUCAGAAAAGGAAUACAUACUUUCUGCUCUUCAAGAUCAACUGUCUCAUCAGAAGUCUGUUCCUUGCUGUGCAAUGCUGAAGUCAUUGCCUUUAUGGGCCAUUAUAGUAGCACAUUUUUCCUACAACUGGACGUUUUACACACUGUUGACUCUCUUACCCACAUAUAUGAAGGAGAUCUUACGCUUUAAUGCUCAGGAGAAUGGAUUCCUAUCUGCUCUGCCUUAUUUGGGAUGCUGGGUAUUUAUGAUCUUGGCAGGUGUUCUAGCUGACUAUAUGAGAGAGAAGCUAAACUUUUCAACCAAAGUUGUUCGAAAAAUCUUCAACACAGUAGGAAUGCUCGGGCCAGCUAUAUUUCUGUUAGCGGCUGGGUAUACAGGUUGUAAUUAUACACUGGCUGUUGUAUUUCUUACUUUGUCAACUACACUGGGAGGAUUUAGUGUAGCAGGAUAUGGCAUAAACCAUCUAGACAUAGCACCCUCUUUUGCUGGGUUAUUACUUGGAAUCACAAACACAUUUGCUACAAUUCCUGGAAUGGUCGGUCCUAUUAUUGCCAAAGAACUUACUCAUGAUAAUACCGUGGAACAAUGGCAAAUUGUGUUCUAUAUCGCAGCUGCUAUUAAUUUUUUUGGAGCCAUAUUUUUUAUAAUAUUUGCAAGUGGUAAUGUACAAGACUGGGCCGUUUCCCACAAUAUAGAAGAGGACAAUUAGAGACCUGCCUAUGAGUCUGGAAGAAUAUUAUGAUGGGUCUAUUUACCUCCCUUAUUUUGUUUACAUAUUAAGACCAAGAUCAAGUUGUUUACAGUUGUUACUAGUUAUAAUGGAGCUGCUCAUAGUCAAAGCUUUUCUUUGCUUGUCAGUGUGUUACUUCAACUUAGUAAUUAACAAAAAUUAACCGAUUUGUUACUAUAGCCACCAACCAUGCUUUGCACAAAGGGUAAUCAGUGCAACAGCCCCAUGACUUACAUCCAGUAUAUAUUUGCUGUCACAAAUGGGUUAAGACAGAGAUCAAAAAUAUUGGUCUUUUGUAUUCUUAAGGUGAAUCACUCAUUUUUACAUGAUUGUAUUUUAUCAUUUCACAACUACAAAAGGGAAUCAUUUAGUAUAUUUUUAAACUAUAAGGGGCAAUUGUAUCAGAAUGGGAGAUUAGAACUCACUUUCUAUGCAUUCCUAUGGGAUUUUUUAGAAAUGUAUUUAUCAAUGGAGUGCACCAUUCAAUACAGUUGCUUUUAGAAAUCCCGUAGGAAUGAAUAGAAAGUGAGUGAGUUUUUCUGUUCUGUUUCUCUAAUUGCACACUUUGAUUAAUCUGCCCCUAAAUGUUGUCAGCAUAUCUGUUUUAUUUUGAAGACUUGCACACGGUGUCUGUUUCUGUUCACAUGGACAAAAUCAAAGCAAAUCAAAAGGCAAAAAUAACAUUAAACUAAACUUAUUCGAAGAGUCUGUUAACUCUUGUGGGUUUCUUGCAUGUAAAGUGUGUGAAAGCAUCAGGUUUAUAUCAGGUUGCCUGCAUCUCUAGUUAACCUCAGAGGCCACUGAAGCAGAGGAAACUGUACCAAAAGCCUGAUUAGCAGUAUAAAACUGCUAUUGUGUUUAAGAGACUAUCAAUAAAUUGUAGAAGUUCUCAGAAAAGCAUGUUUACUUUAAUUAUAUUUUUGCCUUUAGAUUGCCUUUAAUCAAAAUGUUAAUAUUAUUACACUUUUAAUAAUUUUUUAAUUUAAAUAAGCACAAAUACAUUCCACAGUUGCCUUAAAAAACGUAUUCCAUUUUCUAAUAUUUUUGCUUUCUAUUAACAUAUUUUGUGCCUUGCAAUAUCACCUGAGCUCAUGUUUUACUCUGUAAGAGAGAUAUUAUGUACAGUGUUCUAGAAAUUACAUCUGGUGCAGAACACACAGCUACACUGGUUCCCAAUAACUUUAGGGAUCUGUUUAGGAAUCUUGUAAUGUUUAUGGUUGUUGUCAUUUACAGAUUAAAUUAGGGCCCAAAUAUUUCUUGUCCUGGUGCUUGUUUUUUAAAAUCAUGGGCACAAUUUGCACCAGUGCAGUAAUCAGGGCUGGAUUUACAUAGAGGGCACCCUAGGCCCAUUGUUGUUAGUUGCCCCUGUCCCCUUCCCUUGAUAGGGAUUGGUGCAUGGGAAAUCAAAAAUUUUUUUGACCAAUGUGGGUGUGGUUGGGCAGCAUGCUGCCCCCUAAAAUCCUACCGCCCUAGACCUGGGCCUUGGUGGCCUUUCCACAAAUCCGGGCCUGGUAGUAAUAACCUGCAACAAAUACAACAUCCUUUAAACGUUAUUACUGCAUUUAGAUUUAUUAAAGCUAAAUGCUGAUUGGUAACAGUGUAUUUAUGAUUGGGACAGACUUUCCAUUUUACCCAAAGUUAAAUGUUUUAUGAGCUUUAAGUCACGGAAAUACAAAUCUUUCUAAAAAUAAAUAUUCAUGUCCUGUUUAUAAAAUAA